GGCCGGGCGGCGUGUACUCAUCGAACGUCAAACUGCAUUUCUAAUUUAUUUUUCCGGAAAAUGGUUGAAAAUAACGAAGUUGAACUCUCCGAAGCAGAGGCAGAACAGUACGAUCGUCAAAUUCGACUAUGGGGCCUAGAAUCCCAAAAAAGGCUACGUGCCUCAAAAGUGUUGAUCAUCGGUUUGUCGGGUCUUGGUGCUGAAAUAGCAAAAAACAUUAUUCUGUCUGGCGUGAAGAGCGUUUGUUUACUGGACAAUGAAAAGCUGAAAGAAAUAGAUUUGUAUUCUCAGUUUUUGGCACCUCCGGAUAAGGUGGGUGAAAACAAGGCAGAAGCUUCGUUACAACGAGCACGGGCAUUGAACCCCAUGGUAGAUGUCACCUCCGAAACUAAAGCCGUUGAUGAUUUGCCUGAUGAAUAUUUCACCACAUUUGAUAUAGUAUGCGCUACUGGAUUGAAGCAGGAACAGUUGGAACGUAUAAACAACGCUUGUCGCGACAGUAAUAAGAAGUUCCUCUGCGGUGAUGUUUGGGGUAUGUACGGUUACAUGUUCGCCGAUCUGGUUGAUCACGAGUAUUCUGAAGAAAUAGUACAACACAAAGCUGUUAAACGUGGACCUGAUGACAGUGAAAAAAGUGCGCGUGAGACCGUCAGUAUUACAGUGAAACGUCGAGCGAUUUAUGUACCCCUGCAAAACGCGCUUUCAGCAGACUGGUCAAAGCCAGAAUUGCGCUCGCGGCUACGUCGUGGAGAUCCCUCAUACUUCGUCCUCAAGAUCCUUCUACGCUUCCGGGAUGAAUACAACCGUAACCCUGAUCCAGCUAAGAGAAAAGCAGAUACCGAGAUUCUUUUGAAAAUGAGAAAUGAAUUGGUGAAGGAGUUAAAUCUCCCUGUUGGGUUUGUAAGUGAUGCUCUCCUGGCAGAUGUGUUUGGUAUUGUGGCCGGUGCAGCUGCCGUUGUAGGGGGUGUGAUAGGCCAGGAGGUCGUGAAAGCUGUGAGCCAACGAGAGCCCCCUCAUAACAACAUGUUCUUUUUUAACCCAGUCAAAUGUGUUGGCUUUGUAGAACUUUAUGGUCAGUGAGACUUGAUUUGUCUAGUGUGUAAGCUGAAGCAAGAUUAUAAUUACCUAAGUACACAAA